CAAGGGAGACCCUAUAAAUAGGGGUUGCAGCGGUGGGGCCCCAUCGCCAGGGAGUGGGAGCAGGGGAGGGAGCUGGGCUGGCUGGACACCCCCCGUUGCAUCUUCCCUCUGCUCCGGGAGCUGGGGCUUGGCUGCAUGUUUCCCCCUGAGCUGUGCGAGGUGGGGGGGCUCCGUGGGCCCCAGGCCAUGGAGUUCUGGAGCAGCCCCGCAGCCUACGAGGAGGUGCAUGGGAGCGCAGCUCUGGCCGGCCCCCCGGAUCUGAUCGCUAACGAGCUGGAGGAAGUCCUCUGUUCCGAGCGGGUCGGCAGGAUCACAAAGACCUACCAUGAUCUUGACGCGGUGACCAACCUGCUGGAGGAGAAGGAACGGGACCUGGAGCUUGCAGCCCGGAUCGGGCAGUCCCUGCUGAAGCAGAACCGGAGCCUGACGGAGCGCAAUGAGCUCCUGGAGGAGCAGCUGGAGCUGGCCAAGGAGGAGAUUGCCCAGCUGCGGCACGAAGUCUCCAUGCGGGAUGACCUGCUCCAUCUCUACACCAACACCGUGGAGGACAGCGAGCCGGCCACGGCCACUGCGACGCCGCUGCGACGGAACGAGUCCUCGCUGUCCCUGCAGCAGUGCGUCCAGUACGACACCCUGCAGCAGAAACUCAGGGGCCUGGAGGAGGAGAACCAGAAGCUGCGCUUGGAGGCCACCAGCAUCGCCUCGGAAACCUGCCAGUACGAGGACCAGGAGCAGCAGCUGAUGCUGGACUGCGUGGAACAGUUCUCUGAAGCCAGCCGGCAGGUGGUUUCUCUCUCCGAGGAGCUGGCCCGCAAGACCGAGGACACGGCCCGGCAGCAGGAGGAGAUCAGCCAGCUCCUGGCCCAGAUCGUGGACCUGCAGCAGAAGUGCCGCACGUACGGCGCAGAGGUGGAGGAGCUGCAGCAGCAUCUGGCCGCGACGAAGGAGGCUCAGCAGAAGCUGCGCACUGAGCUGCAGGACCUGCAGGAGAAAUACGCCGAGUGCGAGGGCAUGCUGCAUGAGGCCCAGGAGGAGACCAAAACCCUGCGCACCCGGAACCUCCCCAACAGCACCCUCAGCCGGUACAGCCUGCUGCCCUUGGACUCGCUGGCCGCGGAGAUCAAAGGGAUCAUGAGGAAAGGAGCUGACAGCUCACCCUCCUCGGAGUACAAGAGCUAUAAGCGGGUCUUCGAGACGGUGAAGGUCGUGAACCAGGCGGUCAAAGCCAAGUCGCGUGCGGAGUCACCCCAGAACCUGCCCGGCUCCAAGCCGUCCUCGGCCCUCCCCUCGGCAGGGUGCAGCCGGGUCAGCACGCCCCGCACCAGCUACUACGGGUCAGACAGCGCCAGCCUGGCACUGGAGAACCUGGAGAGCGCCCUAGGCGAGGAGAAGCUGCGAGGCACUCCGGGCACCCCGGGCAGGCACGACCUGGAGGCCGCGCUGCAGCGUCUGUCCGCCCGCCAGGAGAGCCAUGCCUCGGAGCGCUCCUUCUUCGAGACGGAGCGCGAGCAGAAGCUGAACCAACUGGCCAGGGACGUGGAGAGCUCCAGCGGGUUCCUCACGCCCAACGACAGCAACCUGUCCACCGGCACCAACUACUCUGGCAGCUCGGAGCACACCGGGGCCUCCGGCUUCUCCCUCGGCUCCCUCUCCUACCUGCCGGAUAAGCUGCAGAUCGUCAAGCCCCUGGAAGGCUCGGUGACUCUCCACCACUGGCAGCAGCUGGCGAAGCCCAACCUGGGUGGGAUCCUGGACCCCCGGCCUGGUGUGCUCACCAAAGACUUCCGGCAGCUGGACGUGGACCUGGAGGAGGUCUACAACCUGAAUGACCUUGAGGAGGAUGACGUGGACCUGAGCAUGUUCCCGGCACUCGCUGCGUCCACGCCUUCCAAAGCCAACGGCUGCUCCAGUGUGUUCCGCUCCUCCAUUAACAACCUCCCCCAGACUCCAUCCACCUUCACCAUCACCACCUGCCGCAUCCUGCACCCCAGCAAGGAGAUCACCACGGUGACGCCCAGUCUUUAUAAUACAGUCGUGCCCUCUUGUGGACCCUUUGAGAGGCUGAGUGCCGCCGGCUCCGUGCCCCAGGCUCCGGACCCUGGCCCCAGGGCGCUGGCUGCGCCUCUCAGGCUCGUCACACUGCUGCUGGAGCACGGCAUCUCCGCCUCGGUGCGAGCGAGCAACGCCCUGGCUGCGCUCCGGGCGCCGGAGCCCCCCUCCUGGCUUUCCCCCUUGAGGGAGCAGUGGGACAGCCUGGGGGGAAGGUCUCCGGGCAGCUCAGGCUUGGCUCAGCCUUUCCCAAGGGCCCCCGGGCUGGAGGACAGCAGGGCCCCUGGGCCUAGCGGAUCCCAGAACAAGAGCAACAUCUUCAGCUGGAACCUGGUGGAGAAGCUGAAGAGACUCAGGCUGGACAACGUGGUGGCCAGAGGAGAGGCCUCCUUCCGGGGCGCAGAGGAGGCCAGGCAGCCCGCUGGGACACCGGCCGCCACCACCACGCGGCCGUGAGCUGGUUCUUGGGACUCUGCUGCUAAGGGGAGCCCGUGAGCCUCCUGGUUGGGACAUGACCCCUGCAGAGCAACAUGGGCCUCCCCAGAGCCCUUUCCAGCCAGGAGCCAGCUGUGGGGGGAGAUGAUCCGUCCAGGUCUUGGCUGCUGGCAGGAGCUGGGCUCUGUGGAGGGAUCUGCUCUGUUGUCUCUUAACUUAUUUCCAGGCACUGUUAGUAGGUCCCCUGGGUGGGGGCCCCCCACAGGUGAUGGGGGUGGGGUGACCAUUUUCUGAGUGGCAGUGACAACCAGUGCAUCAGCAGCUGCUGUUUAAUAGGCACCUUGGCUCUCUGCCACUGACCUGGGCGUAGGGGAUGUGUCCCCAGGAGGGCUCAGGCUGCCCCAUGGCAAGCCCCCCUCCCCCAGGUGCAGCAGGUCUCCCGUGUGCCCCGUGCCAAGGGGGUGAGGCCGGGGACACUCUGCUGAGCUGGAACUCAGCUUUGGGCUGGGAGGUUGGCUCUGGUCUCUUCAGAGCAGGUGCUUGGACUGGGCCCUUCCCCCCCAGCAUUAGCAUGGCUGGGGGGCUGCGGGGCAGCUUGUGUUGCCUGUCACAUCUUGCAAUGAUCCACUGUCCUGUCCUUUUCCACCCCCCCAGGAUGGCAGCAUCUCUACCUCCGCUGCUCCGGGGGGGUUGUGUCAGGAUCACAAAACUAGGCCUGGAAGCUCGGGGGCCGAGGGGCAGCGGCUCUGGGGAGGGAAGUUGGCACAACUCCUGCUCCUAGGGGCUCUAGCCGCCUGCCCAAGCCCUGAACGUGCCUUCAGCCGCAGUGGGCGGGCACAGCGGGGGGUGGGGGUGUCUGCCCCUGGAACCGUGGGCAGGGAAGGGGCUCAGGUCUAUGGUUUACAUGUAGGUGGUGCGGGUGGCUCCCACCGCUGCCUGGUCUCCCCCCUACACCCACACUCGCUCUUAGCCGAGCGCAGCGGUGGGGAAGGCCAGGUCCCGCGGCUGUAGCUGUCAAUGGGGUGAAGGGGGGCUUAGGAUCUCGAUGAGGAACAGGCAAUAUUGUUCCAGCCAGGGAGGGGGCAGUGACUCUUAUGGCCAGGCCCUGCUCUCCCCACAGCCUGAAGGCCAGGCCCCGGGGGGAGAGGAAAUCUGCUCUCCUGGAGGGGCCGGGGUCAAUGCAGGAUGUCCUGGGCUGUCCUGUGGGCCCUGCUGUACUGUUAAUAUUGUACAAUAGCAAAUGCCCAGCCCUGCCGAAGCAAUUCUGGCCCGAGUCCCUGGAACCGGGCUGCACUCGACCCCCUGGGCCGGCAGGGCUGGGCUGUGUGUGAUUUUCUGUCACCGGCGGGGCGCGGCCCCGGGCCGACCUGUCUUUUUAAAACACUGAGAUUUUUCAACAGCUGUUUUGUCUAGUAUCAAUAAACUAAGCUAGGGAGUGAAGGCCCCGCCCCUUCCCGGCAGGGGGCGGGGCCUGCGUGCUGCUGGGGGUGUGGCUCUAGGGCUGUUCCAUGCACAGCUGCUGCUCCCCACGUCCUGCUGUUUUCGAUAAGUCUCUGCACUAGCUGGAGUUUGUGCCCCCCCCCCCCCCGACUCCCCAGCUGUGUCUUUCUGGUGAAAUAAACGUGACGUAAUCAGAA